UCUUUUCCUCCACGCAGGGGAAAGGAAAGGGUUCUUCCUCACCCACCUACCAGAGGAGGAGGAAGAAGAAGAAGAAGCUGAAUUAAUCGGAUCGGAAGAAAGAACCGUCGAGAACCAUGGCGAGCAAGGCCCACCUCUCCUUCCUGCUCCUCGCGCUCCUCGCGGCCUCCCUCGCCGGCCCGUCCGCCGGCAUAUUCCACAUCGUCGGCGCCGGCAAGGGGUGGCGCAUCGCCCCCAACCAGACCUACUACGCCGACUGGGCCCGCACCAGGGACAUCCACGUCGGCGACAAGCUCAUGUUCCUGUACCGGAGCGGGGUGUACGACAUCGUGCAGGUGCCGACCAAGGAGCUGUUCGACGCGUGCAGCAUGGACAACGUCACCAUGCGGUACCAGCUCGGCCCCACCAUCAUCAAGCUCGACACGCCCGGCCCGCGCUACUACUUCUGCGGCGUCGGCGAGCACUGCGAGGGGGGCCAGAAGGUCGCCGUCAACGUCUCCGGCGACGCCGCCGCCCCCGCCACCGCCACCGCCACCGCCACCGCCACCGAGGCGCCCGCCGCAGCGGCGCUGCCGCCGGCGUCGUCGACGGCGCUGGGGGAGGCCGCGCUGCAGGUGGAGCCCACGCAGGCGUCGUCGACGGCGCAGGAGGAGCUCGCGCAGGCGUCGACGAUGGAGGUGGACCCCGCGAAGCUUGUGGACGCCAAGAAGAAACUAUAGGGAACAUGUAUGGCAUGCGUAUACUAUGUAUUUACCCAGUAUGUAUUUUUGCCGCACAAGUACAAUAGCCCUCGAUCUGGGCUUGGAUC